GUUAAUGCAGAAAGAAGCCAAGUAAUAAUAAUUUGUUCUGUUGUAUUCGUUCUUCCACUGACAUUUUUCUGUGAGUCUUGUAUUUGCACUGUGUACAAUGGAGCUGUCAAGCCUGGAUGGAGUGAGUCUACACUAAGGCCUAGGAUGACCCAAAACAUUUAACUGAGUGAGGUGGGAAAAAACCCGUCCAGUUUGUACAAAUUUGACUAGGCUUGCAGCUGAAUCUUGCUUCAGGACUGCCAGUGGGAUUGCACUGCAGCACGUCUAAGGGCAGCAUGCCACCACAGAGGGUGUAGGGCUGGUAGCAUGGCACACAUAGCUCUGUCUUCCAGCUUGGUGCCAAUCCCUACCUCUCAGCAUCUGCUAUCUGAAGCAGCUUCCUCACUCUUUAUACUAGCAAGAUCAGCCAUCCUAUCCUACCUCUUGCAUCCAAGGCACUGUUGUACUGGUAUUAGUUUUGAAUACAAUUGCUACUACAGGUCACAUACAGUAUUAUACACAUUAUAAUUUUUGUAACACCAUUUUGUGCCAUAUAUCAAAGUGCAGUUACAGGUGAGUGUUUGCAAAGUUAUUUGAGCAAUUUCUGGGGAAUUUUCUCCCACCAACAUAAAUAAAUGUCAGGCACUCCUACACAGAUAGUUAGAUAUGCACAUUUUGUAGGCAGUUUCAUUCCAAUCUGUUAUAGUAGAUUUAUAGCUAGGCCACAGUACAACUGCUUGGAAAACCUUCCUUCAAACAUUUCCUUCAAAUGAGCAAUGAAAGGAGCAGCAAUUAAAACAGUUGACUCAACCUUAUGUUUGAUUUUUCAUUUCAGUAGAUGAGUAAGUGAAUCAGAUGUGCCAGUAACACCUUUAAAAAAGGGGGGGGGGUUCUCAUAUAGAUAGAUCCUAUGUUCUACACCUGGUUCACACUGAGUACUGUUAAUUGGUAAAUAUGGCUCUUCUCUUUCCCACUUAGUCUUCAAAACAACCUUAUUACAUCUUUUGGGCUCAUGUUGCUGCCUCUAGAGUGGAAGGAUCAGUUGAAGGGUGCUGUUGUUCCCCAGGAGAUGUCCAAAUAAAUUCACAUUCUUCAACAAAAUAAAUAUUACAAUUGGAGAUUUUAGUUGCUACAACAGUGUCUGGGGAUGUACACUUGAUUAUAACAAUGAGAAGCAGUAUUAAAUGGGUGGAAACAUCCUAACUACACCCAUGAGAAACUGCUUAAAUACAAAGCAAAAGAUCUUCACAAGGAACAAUACCCUUCAAAAUUAUUGGGAACAUAUUGGGGCACACAGCCACAAAUCUUGAGAAUUACAGCCAUUGUCCUUUGCAUACUCUGCAAUUGAAUACAUCAGCCCAGUGUAGUAUGUAGUUUGGCCCAGGUAAACAGUAAUCAGCACUGAGUGAAAGCUGUAGAAUUAUUACUGGAUGUCUGAAGUCAGUCCCUUUUGAUAAAAUCAAUUACUGUACCUUGUUGGCAGAUGUACAGAGAGAUGUGGCAGCUAAUAAUGGAAGCAUCAAAACUUUUACAUCAAAUGCACAUCCACUCUUCAGCUACCAUCCCACCCUUCCCAAAUUAAAAUCAAGAAAAAACAUUUUCAGAACCCCUGUGCAUCUUGAAGAAACUACAGCAGAGAAUGCAAUAACUAUAAAGUGGAAAGAAAGAACAGAUCACCUCUUACAGGGAUGGAACCCAAGGAAAAUUGUGCACCCAGCCAUAUGGAGAACUGGAUUACUUGGAAGUCACUUCAUAGGCCACUGAGUGAACUGGUUAGAACCAAAGUGAACGGUCCUUUGCAAGUGUGGAAAAUAGCAGGAACUAUGUCAGUGUAGUCCAUGUUUCUCAGCAUGUACCUGAUAUUAACUGCACCAAAUGCUCUUGAAGUUUCCUGUUAUUGGGCAAAAAUUACCCAAUAUAUUUAAUUGUACUGUAAUGCCAUUGACACAAAGAAAGAAGAUAUUUUGGGUUUGCAGACUCCUUGUGUAAAGUGGAAGUAUGCCCUAGAAUGCAAUCAGAAACUCUCCUAGAAAUGUUAGAUUGGUAAUAAUUAACAAACCAAUGUCAUUCCUUUAUUUGUUACAUUUAUAGACUGCUUUUCUUCCAAUGAGUUCAAAGUGGUGUGUAUGGCUCUUUUCCUAUUUUAUCUUUAUAACAACCCUGUGAAGUAGUUCAGGAUGAGAGUGUGUGUCUCAGAGUCACCCAAUGAGCUUUAUUGCUAAUAGUUUCUUAUCCAGCAUCAUUUGCUUGCACAAGAGGGAAUCCACUAAUUCCUUGUUCUGAUGGAAACCCUGCUCAAAUCAACAGGAAGAGCUCUGAUUUGCUUAACUGCAAGCCCGAAAUUGGUAGGGGAAAGUGCCAUGUGUUUCAGCCAUGGAGCAGUUGGGGGCUUUGUGAAAACAAAUGGAAUAUACUGGCUGUUGUGUUUUUAAAUAAGAUUCCCAUCAGCACUCUAUAAAAUAACAAUGAGAAGCGGGUUGAUGUGUGUAUGAAACAAAGCAAGUGGGAAAUUUUAACAGAAACAGAGGGAGUCUGCCAAAAUGCUUAAAUGAGAAACAUUCUGAGUGCAGGAUUUUUCUCUGGGUAAUAUUUAUAAACAAAGCAAAUACUUGUUAUCCUGCUGGUUUUAAUUCAAAGGCAAGGAAAGUAGUCACACAGUCCCUGGACUGUCAUUUUCCAAGGAAGAAGGGAGUUUGCAAUAAUGUAGAACAUAUUUCUGUUGAUAGCAGAAAUCACUGUGAACCAGAAGGUUAUGCCACUACAUUUGUAGAAAGCACUCUUUUCACCAGAUAAUGUAAAUAGUAUUUUUGCAAGAUACAAUCUCCACCCUAUUUCUCCCCCUCAUGUAUUGUUUCUCUAUUGCUGCACUUCAGUUAAUAAACCUUGCCCCCACCCCCCCAAAAAAGAAAAAUAGUUUGGGAUAGGACAGCAGGAUUACCAAGGGAAGUGAGGGGCGAGGCCUGGCAAGGAAAAGAGUCAGUUCCUCAGCUGCAGAGGAGGAAAUAAGAAGGAAGACUGAACACACAGCCCGCCUCGCCUCGCCCUUCUGUUCCCAGCCCGCCCUGCCUUCCCCCUCUAGUCAGCUGAACAAACUAGAGAGUCAGAGUCUACCCCUCAGUUGCUUGUGGUUUUUAAAAAGCUUGGUUUUGUUUCUUGCAGACGCUUAAGGCAGAAGUGCUCUUGCCUUUUGGAAAUAAAGGUCACUCUGAGGAUGUUGCUCCUGCAUAUAUUUCUCCUGCCUUGGGCUCUGAGCUGUUGGGUACAUGGUGCAGAAUCUCAUGCCUUCACUAUCACACAGCUUGCCUACUUUCUAAACAGAACUUCAGUGGAAUUUGUCGGCAAUGCCACUCUGGAUGGGACACUCACCCAUAGCCUGGAGACCCAUAAUGGGCAAGUCAAUGUGAGCCAGCUGUGGCCACUGGAGAACUCAGACGCCUGGAAGCAGAGAGAGAGGAAGCUGCAGGAUUACCUAAACAAGUUCGUGCUCCUGGUCAACUUGUUUGUGAAUGAAAGGGCAGCAUCAUAUCCUCUACAGGUACAUUGUAUGAAGGGCUGCCAGCUCACAGAGAAUGGCACCAACAGCUUCUACGAGGUAUUGCUCAAUGGGACCAAGUUCCUGACGUUCUAUGCAACCAGAAAUUACUGGACACCUUUACAAGACACUUCUGCAGCCAAGUACACUAGUGCCAAGCUGAAUGAAUACAAUGAGACGACAACCGAUCUACAGUUCUUCCUACAAAAAACAUGCAUCAACUUCAUCAGGGAGCACACUGACAUGCAAGGACCCUUGACUGGGAAACAAAAAGGACGGUCACAUACUCCACUAGUACUAGGUGUCUGUAUUGGUGCUCUUGCUUUAAUGGGCCUGGCUGUUUGCAUCUUUCUUUGCACAGGUGGGAAGAGAUAGCAACAAGUGCUAUAAUAUUACAUGGACCACCAACUCUCCACCUGAAUGUCUAGCAUAUUAGUGACUAAUUAAAUGCAGAUUUGUAGGCCCCAUCUCCUUUUUGUUGUUAAAGUGAACCCCAGAGCAGCAGCAAGGUCUCCGGAUGACUUUGGAAUUGUCUCUAGUUUACACUGAUGCUGUGAAAUAUUGUUUAUCUGCACCACUUUUAUAGGACUGUAAUAUCUUGCACACAGGGAUACUUCUAAAAAUGAUCUGGAAAUACCAACUUCUACAGUGUUUGUGGGAGUUCUGCUGGUCUUUUCUUGGUUGCAGUGGCUUCUGGUUUAUUUCCCAGCCCAAUUCACAAUCUUGUUUUUGACCUACAAAGCUCUGCCGUUUCGGACCUUGGAACCUGUGUUAUCGUGGAAACCCUUUGAAUGUCUUGAUUCAUAAGGUCAGAAGGUGCAACAACACUUUUUUGAGGGCUGGCCUCCUAGCUCUGCAUGUUUUCCACAGAGAAGUUCAUUUGAUGUCCAACAUUAUCUUUUCAGCACCAAGCUAAGAUUUUUCUAUUAUAAAAAUAUAUUAAAUACUAUUAUAAAUAUUUAGCAUUUUUAGUAUUCAUAGCAGUGUUAAGACUGCAGUGUGACUUUAUUUGUUGUACUAGAUAUUUUUGUUUUUUAAAUCCAUAUUAUAUAUCAGUUUGUGUUGUGCUCGAAUGUAUUAUAUUGUUAUAAUCUUGUUAUAUAUUAAUAAUUCUUAGGUUAAUAUGCCAUUGUUUCAAAAUGCACUAAAGAACUAUUUUGUGUUACUUUUAACAGAAACGUAUUCCCAUGCUCCACCCGUUUCAAUGGACAGAUAUAAAACAUAAAACACGUCAUAAAGACCAUUAAUACAGUGGGGUCUUGACUUGAGAACUUAAUCCGUAUUGG